UAUUUUGACACCUCCGAGCAUAAUGUGACGAUGUGUAUGAUGGGUUAAUAUGUAUCGACGAUUUAUUUUUUUUUAAAUAAAAGAAAUGGUGCAAUUACUGUAUAUUGUGUCCAGCUUACACGUUCUUUUGUGUCCAUUCACUAAAGUUGAAGAAAGUUUUAAUAUACAAGCAUUUCAUGAUAUUUUAUAUCACCGCUUUAACCUGUCGGAGUACGAUCAUAAUGAAUUCCCGGGUGUUGUACCGCGAACAUUUAUUGGACCGCUCGUUAUUUCAGCGCUAUCUUCACCUGUUGUGCUUUUCUUACAUUUGUUCGGUAUAAAUAAAUUUUGGACGCAGUAUGUCGUACGUCUAACUUUAGCACUCACUGUAAUAGCAGCAUGGAGUCGUCUCCGAAACACCCUUCAAAAACUUUAUGGAAACACUUUUGCAUGGUGGUUCACUACAAUUACAGCAUCGCAGUAUCAUUUUAUGUUCUAUAUGAGCCGUCCAUUACCUAAUAUCAUGGCUUUGCCCCUUGUUUUACUCGCAUUUGAUGGCUGGCUAUCAGGAAAAUAUAAACAAUUCAUAAUAUCAGCUGGUGCAGCGAUAGUGAUAUUUAGAUCAGAGCUAGCCAUGUUAUUUGGUGUGUUUUUGUUAAUUGAUUUAUAUUUCAAGAAAAUCACAAUAUUUGAGUUUAUGAAAAUUGUAGCACCAGCUGGAGCAGGUCUCGUACUUCUAACAGUUGUUAUUGAUUCUAUAUUCUGGGGCCGUUUGGUUUGGCCCGAAGCAGAAGUUUUCUGGUUCAACACAGUAUUGAAUAAAAGUUCAGAUUGGGGUACAUCACCAUUUCUCUGGUACUUUUACUCAGCACUUCCCCGUGGUUUAGGUCCAAGUAUUAUUUUGAUACCUGUUGGCUUAUACCUAGACAAACGAGUAAUUCCUAUAGCUGUUUCAACAUUUGUUUAUAUACUGCUUUUUUCAUUUCUGCCCCAUAAAGAGUUAAGAUUUAUUAUUUAUGUUUUUCCACUGCUCAACGUGUCAUCAGCUAUAACAUGUUCUUAUGUAUAUAUUCGGCGAACCAAAUCACCAAUAUAUGAAUUGCUAUUUUGGGGAUUAAUGAUAAUAAUAAUUUGUAAUAUAGUAUUUACUGCCACUCUUGUAUUGGUAGCCAUGACCAACUAUCCUGGAGGAGUAGGGAUUACUCGUUUCCACAAAUUAUUAAAAAACGAACCCUAUGUGCACGUUCACGUUAGCAAUUUAGCGGCCCAGACUGGUGUGACGCGUUUUACUCAAAUUCAUGAUCAUUGGACUUAUAGUAAAAAUGAAUCCCUAACUCCUGAGGAGCUGCAAGGUUAUACUCACCUUUUAGUAGAAGCUAAGAGUAAAUAUUCACCAAGUGUUAAAGCUUUUGCACAUACUCAUACAGUGUUAGAUAGUAUAGACUCAUUUUCUCAAAUAGCAAUGAAUUAUAGACUAAUACCCCCAAUAAAAAUAAAAACAAAACCAGCAUUGUUUAUAUUAGAACGAAACAAUUUUAGACAAGAUCUACGUCCAUAUUUAUCACCAAAAAUUUACAAAGAUUCUGAAGAAAUCAGUUCAAGUGAAAUAGACACCAAAGAAAUAGAAAUAAAUUUGAUAAAUUAUGAUGAAAGUGUUCAAUCAGAGGAACAAUUGAACGAUGAUAACACAUUAGUGACCGCAGAAAAAACAGAAAAUACUAUGACAGAAAAUGUAUCCAAUGAAAACACGGUAACAUUUGUAGACGACGAGGAAACUGAAUUAUUUCGAAAAGAAAUUGAGGAGUCUAUUUUCAAAACAGAUAAACCCAAUAAAGAGUUUAAUGAACACGCUGUGCUGAAUCGAUCCGAACGUAAGAAAAAAGCCAUUGAAAAAAUUAAAUCUGAAACUCGAAAGGAAGUUGUAGCUUCUGCGAAAGAAAAGUUAAAAGAAAUAAUGAGACGCCAUAAGUAUGUAGCUAAAGAAAUUUCUGAAAAUGACAUAUCUAAAACGGAAGCUCAAAAAAUAGAAGAAGAUGGCCGAGGUGAUAUUCCAGACAUACAAUUUAAAAACAAAAUUAUAGAUGAGGACACCACUAAUAACGAACAGUUGCUGGAAGAUGCAAACAUUGUUGAAACAACCGUCGACAAUACAGACGACUUUGUAAAAUCUCUUGAAGAGGCUUUUAAUGUAGAUAAAACAGAAAUAUCACCUGAUAAAACUGUAUUAACAAAUGAAGACAGUAAUAAGAAAAGUCGUACAAAUCAAAAUAUCGAUUCUAUUGUUGAAGAAGUUAUAGCAAGGCUAAUAGAUAGAAAAAUUUAUGAUGACAAAACGAAGCCUGAAGAUAUAAAAAUUGAAGAUCGAAAAGUUAUUCAAAAAAUUGUAGAAGAAAUUUUAUCAGAAAGAAUGAAUUUUACAAAUACUAUAGAUAAUAGCACCUUGUAAUCUUUUUACAAAGUAUAAAAAUUGAUCUCUAUACUUUGUUUUGUUUUUGUCUAUAAAGUGUUAACUUUUUCUAUAAAUCUGUUUGUGUUGUUGUUGGUUGAAAAAAUAUUUACUGAUUAAAUCUGGAUAAUUUUCAAACAACCUAUAAUUGAUACACAUGGUUUCCAAAUUUCGAUAGCUAUUUUUGUGUAAAUGUCACCGGAAAAUCCGUAUCCGUAAGUUUAUAAAUUUACUGGUAAGUUUAUCAACUAUCGUAGGAUUCUAAACGGAAGAUAAAUUGUAUUAUUUGACGCCUAUAUUUUCGUAUAUAUGGAGUAAAACUUACUGAUCUUGUUACUUUCCGGUAACAUAUAUCAUUUCAAAGCAAUAAUUUGUUGGCCAACUAUGUUUUCCAUAAUACAAUUUUUCAUAUAAAAAUGUUUGAACGGUUUCCUUUUGUAAAUAUGACGUAACUGUUGUUGUAAUAUUUAAGGUUAAACCUUUUUAGCUUUUAAAUGAUUAAAAUUUUUAAGAAAAAAUAAAACUUUAUUAACUUAAAUUCAAUAUAAACAUAAAUGUUUUAUUUAAACAGUUCGAGGUAUGUAUUACUACAUUAUUAGUAACAUUACCAAAAAAGAAUAAAAUAUUAAUAAAAAGGUUUCGCUGAUUUAAGUUUAAAA